CUGAUUUAUUUGAAAUUUUAUGUAUACUGAUUUACCUUAGAUUUUUAAGAAUUGUGCACUUUUCAUAUUAAUUAUUUUAAAAUGAAAUUAUGAUUUCUAAAUAUUUGCAUCAAUAUGUCAAAGAGAAAUACAAAUUAUACCAUGACCCGUUAUUUUAAUCAUCGGGGCAAUUACUAUAUCAACCUUACAUUUUCUGAAUUUCUGAACUUUAACUUUUUUGAAUGGAGGCCUCCUGAUGAUACAAAGACUUCAUUGCCAUUGAAUCCCGUACCCUCAUUUUGACCCAAUAACUUUAUCUCCGUUGAAUGGUUACCAUCUGUAUGACCCACUGACUUUAUUGCCGUUGAAUCCCAUGCUAUCCUUUUGACCCACUGACUUCAUUGCCGUUGAAUCCGAUACCAUUCUAUUAACCCACUGACUUUAUUGCCGUUGAAUUCCAUACCAUCCUUAUGACACAUUGACUUUAUUGCCAUUGAAUCCCAUACCAUCCUCGUGACCCACUGACUUUGUUGCCGUUGACCAUACCAUCCUUAUGACCCACUGACUUUAUUGCCAUUGAAUUCCAUACCAUCCUUAUGACCCACUGACUUUAUUGCCAUUGAAUUCCAUACCAUCCUUAUGAACCACUGACUUUAUUGCCAUUGAAUUCCAUACCAUCCUUAUGACCCACUGACCUAAUCUCAGGAUUCACGGGAACAUGUAUGGUUUCAAACACAAUGACGUACAUCCGGUGUUUGGAAAAAGGGAUUGGAAUGUUGAUUGCGGGUCUGGCCAAAGCUGUCAACAAAUGUGGCCUCACUGAGGUAAGUGGAAUGUAGAUGAAAAGUUUUGCCUCAGAGAGUUUCCUCAGAGAAUUGCCUCAGAGAGUUGCCUCAGACAGUUGCCUCAGAGAGUUGUCUCAGAGAGUCGCCUCAGACAGUUGCAUCAGAGAGUUGUCUCAGAGAGUUGUCUCAGAGAGUUGCCUCAGACAGUUGUCUCAGAGAGUUGCCUCAGACAGUGGCAUCAGAGAGUUGUCUCAGAGAGUUGUCUCAGAGAGUUGCCUCAGACAGUUGUCUCGGAGAGUUGUCUCAGAGAGUUGUCUCAGAGAGUUGCCUCAGAGAGUUGCCUCAGAGAGUUGUCAAAAGCUAUAAAUAAUCAAAUUAUGACUAUUACUAACAAUAUCAAAGUUCAGAUUUCUGACUGCACAGUCUUCAUGUAGUUAAAUUCUACUGCACAGCUGUGUGUUGGCAAUUAUUGGAUGUGUGAGCAUUUAAUGGAUGUGUUAGCAUUUAAUGGAUGUGUUAGCAUUUAAUGAAUGUUGUGUUAGCAUUUAAUGGAUGUGUUAGCAUUUAAUGGAUGUGUUAGCAAGUAUUGGAGUUGCUAAAACUUUAUGUGAAAAGAAUUGUUGACAUUGUUUUUGAAGACAACGGCUUGAACUGGAACAAAAUUCUGUAAAAUAUCUGAGGGUAAUCAAAUUCUUGUAAAGUA